AUGUUGCAACCUUCAGACAAAUUUACAGGAUCACGAGCAGCUUAUGUGCCUAGUGCCAGAAGUGCACGUGGUGUUUACCGAGCAUCUUAUGCUCGACCAUCUUAUGCUCGACCAUCACGGCCUGGUUAUGGUUAUCGACCAAGAUUACCACCACCAGUAGUACCAGCUGGACGAGCACCAGGAGGUGCUGGUCUUCUUGCUGCUAUUCUUGGACCUAUUGGUGGUCUUACCGGAUGUUUAUGCUGUUUGAAUACAAUCGGUAUUUGGGGUCUUUUCAUCACAGCUAUUCCAUUGACUGUCUUUAUCAGCAAAUGGUUAAGUGCUUUUAAAAGUCGAAAUAACUUAAACGGUGCCGGCGAACUUCUUGCUCCUCAAUUUCUUCUUCUAGUAUUGCUCGUAUGUUCGUUCUUAUUCACGUUCAUGCGUCGCUCAUAA